AUGGCAAUCGACUUUUCCCUAUACAUCAGCAAAAGGAAUGCGCCCUACAUCAUCUGGACCGUCAUCGCGAUAGUCUGCGCCCUCUUCUUCCUCGUCGCGAACCGCGCCCCGAAGAAGAGCAGCGGUGAGCCCUCCUCGAAGCCUCGGCAAGAGCGGCAGCGCAAGCGGGUGAGCGUCUCCUUGGACGGCCUGCUGCUGGCUCUUCAGGACAACCGGACGGCCGUUGCCAACUUCUUGGAGCUCUGCCAGAGCUGCGAGGUUUUCCCAAUCGCGCUCGCGGGCAGCGAUGCCAAGGAGGAGGAGGCCCUGCAGAGCCCAGCCUCGAAAA